AUGGCCAACUUCUCUGCAGUAACUGCACCCAGCACAUCGCUCGUUUCUGAUGCAGCAGGCCCGGGUUCAAAGUUACAUUUUGCAUGCGACAAGGAGUCCCUUCGAGAGGAGGGUCGCUCUGGACAACUUCCUGGUGGGGGCUCGUUCGGUGUUUUUGGACGUUUUGCAUUCACAGUGGGAGUCGAGGAUGUAGAAGGAGACUGA